CUAAUAACAACAUGUGGUAUUUUGUUAGCCAAACGUUAUCGUCAACGUUUGGUGACAUGUUUAACAAUAACUUAUAAUGCAAGUAAUGAUGCAUUUGUUUUGGCAACAUUCAAGAAAAGUCAUUCAUAUAAGAAGAAUUCAAUUGAGGUAUCACGCGCAGAUGUCUUACGUGGAUGUUAUCAUAAUCUCAGGUAUUGCUUUCGACGAUUUCGUAUUUUAGGCUUACAAUUUUCCAACCUUUUUCUCUGUUCACGUACGUUACGUUAUUUUUGUGAUUUAUUAUCAUGUUGUUCAACAUUGGAACCUAAAACACUUCGAUUAUGUGAUUGUUAUGUUGCUGAUUUACAACAUGAUGCAUUAAUGCGCUUAAUGAAUUUAUGCGCCAAAUAUCUUAUCGUUCUAUCUUUUAUAGUAUGUUAA